CGCCGUGUCAACCCUAAACAUUAUCAGGAUUUGCGACGCUGGAUACGGUGGCUUGACAGCGGCCUCAGACAGCUUCUAUUCUUCGGCUUCUGGGUACAUUCAGAAAGAAAAUUCGAAAAUUUCGAUUCAAUUUCAAAGUUAAUACGACAUUGCCUACUUCUUUUUAAGAAUCGCCAGAUUUUGAUCUCAAAAUUGUCACUUUCUGCCACAUAGAUUAGAUGAACAAGCAAGCAUUGAAGCAGCUAGGGGCAGUGCGGUUCAGGGCAUUAUGGCUUUGUCCCCGGGCACUAGGGGUUUUCUGUCAAGCGUCUCAAGCUACUUGUCUUGUGAGAUGGGAUUUGACUGUCCUAUGGAAGGAAGUCAUGGUGUUGGCACUAUGGCUGCAUUUGACCACAAUGCUUGGCCUCAGAUAUACAAGAUGGAAAGUGUGAAGCAUUCGAUUUAUCUCGAAGUGUUUUGGCUGCUUCAUCAGUAACCCACCUUGCCUUGGCACAAAAAAGCUCUAAUUAGUCCAGGCCAAUAUCAUAGUUGUCCAUCUAAAGAGGAUUUCACAAUUACAAUGAAGGAUUGUUGAGAUAGGUGGGAUCUAUGUGACAGGGUAUUAGAGGGAUCUGGAGUGUUCUUCAAUGUGGGGAUCUCAACAAUCAACUCACUAAGGUGGACUCAAGAAGCUAGACAAAAACUGUAUGAAGUAGUAAAAUGUGUGUCAAGUGAUAUUAGAUAACAAUACCUUGGGUUUAGUAUAAGUUUGGAAUGACUGUCAGUUUGUUCCACCUCAUGUGUGAAUAGCUGAGCUAAAGUGGGCUUGUUGAAGUUAGAUUGAGCUCAGGGUUGGGCUUAAUAGCUUGCACACAAAGGGAGUAGCCAAUGCAAUAGGGUUGGCUUUGGCCAUGAGUGGCUUUGGGGUGGCUAAUAAAGCCAGGAACUAGAG